AUGGCGCUCGCGUCGGCACUGGCAGCAUGGGACGUUCCCAGCACAUCAGCGCAGGGCUCUCAUCAAGCUGAAAUUCUGAAACGCAUGUCUUCCCUCGUGACAUUGCGACGAGCCGAAAGCAGAUGUAACUCACUGAUUUCAGGUGUGACCCCCAGUGUUACCGCUGCUUUCUCGCUCCUGAAGACCGAGGGCAAGCUUACCGAGCUGUACCAGGACUUUACGGACAGCGUCCAGAAUCGCUUCUACCUGGUGAAGAAUGACCUCGACACGUACCUGUCAGCUCUCCAGAAGCUGCCGAGGAUCAUUCGCAGGUCCAAACCGUCAUGGCGAGCAUGCUUGACCGAAUCGCAACCUGGCAGCGGGCUUGGGGCUCCCCACUGCGACAGCUGGAAGACCUUCUUCCAGCACCUGCUGUACGCGAGUCUUCCGGCCACCUUCCCUGCAUACCUUCUUGACUUCCUCGCCCAGUCGCUCGCAGCUCUGUCGAUCACCCCUGGUGACGAGUACCAGCUGCAGGAACGGCGGCGUGUUCCGGCCCCAUCACCACACCUGCAUCGCUUGAACGUGUUACCCCGCUUCGCGACUUCGCUCAUGCGCGUGGCGUACGACGAAAUCGAGAAGAUUGCGCAGGAAGCGGCAGCGCUCGGAUGGGAGGAGAGACGACUUCAGACCGCGAGGAGGACAGUUUCAGAUUCUGUCGUGGCGUGGAUGUCAAGUGUUUUUGAGAGUGAGUGCGCGUUAGUGGAGAAGGCUGACUUGUCAGACUACGAGAACCCGCAGGCAAUGCUGCGACCAGUCUAUUCUCGCUUUGAUUACUAUCUCUGCAAGGCGUUCUUCGAUAUCCGAACGGACGAGCUGUUCGACAUCAUAGUCGACUUCCCUGACUCGAUGGCUGCACUGGAAGACCUGAGGGAGCCAGUUGGUGGAGAAGCUGCGAGCAGCCGACUCCUUCAUCCCGGAGCAGAGACGAAGGACGUGAUCACGCAGUACAUCAGCACGAUCCGCUGCCUGCGCAUCCUGGACCCGUUGGGCGUGCUGCUGCAUAAGGUGGCUGAGCCUAUCAGGCGCCAUCUGCGAGAUCGGCCCGACACGAUACCGCAAAUCGUUGCCGCGCUCGUCGAAGGAGAAGAGCUGCAGGAUGAGAACGACCCGGCGUCCGUCGAACCGCUAGCGUUUACAAAUGACAAUACGGUAGAGAAGUUCUGGGACCCUAAGACCGGGAAAACUGUCGACAUCGUGGGGACGCUGGUGUCGAUUUACGACUCGCACGAUGCCAUUGUCAAAGAAUUGCAGUCCUACCUUGCCGGACGACUGCUGGACAUUGACGACUACGAUGCCGUGAAGGAGGUCCGCACGAUCGAGUUGUUGAAGGUUCGCUUCGGCGAGGAUGCACUACACGUCUGCGAUGUCAUGUUGAAGGAUAUGGCGGACUCGAAACGCAUCAACGACCACAUCCAGCAGGAUAUCACGUCGAUUGUGGAGCCGCUGAUAAUCUCUCGCAUGUUCUGGCCCGAGGUCGAGCAGUCGUCGCUGCACCUGACGCCAAAGCUGAAGGAGGUCGAGGAGCAGUACGGCGCCGCGUUCAGCAAGUUCAAGCCCGACAAGCACCUGCGCUGGGCCCAGGAGCUGGGCAAGGUAACGCUGAAGCUGGAGAUGGCAGACCGCGUAGUCGAGGCCGAGGUCACGCCGCUGCAGGCGUGUGUCGCGGAGCUGUUCGAGACGCAGGACCGCUGGGCGCCGGCUGACCUUGCCGAGCGUCUCGGGGUCGAUGAACCUGUCGUCCUCUCCGCCCUCGGCGUGUGGGAAGGCUACGGCCUGCUGCGCGAGGCUGGCGAUGUCUGGGAGACGGUCGAGUAUGAGGACGGAUCGGGCUCCGCCAUGCAACAGGAGCGCCCACAAGGUAGGCCUACCUUUGACCAUGCUAGAGCUGACAUCAGUCGCGGGCUUUGCGCAGACGAACCAGAACGAGGACGAGAUCCUUGA